AUUGCUAGCUCAACGGUGUUAGAAUAUCAAAAACUACAAUUAUUUGCCAACUAAUCUUUCAAAAAUGGCCACUCAAAAUCAGCAGCCAGAUGUGUUUCGUCCAUUGGCAGACUUCCCUCCUACAGUCUGGGGUGACGAUUUUGCUGCAUUAUCCCCUACAGUAGAUUCAGAUUUUGAAUCAUGCACCGAAGAGGUGGAAACUCUCAGAAAGAUAGUGAAGGAAUUAUUAGAAGAAUCUUCUACGGAGUUAAUGGAGAAUGUUGAAUUCAUCAAUUUGUUAUGCCGUCUUGGCGUUGCGUAUCAAUUUGAAAAUGAAAUUGAUAAGCAAUUAAAUCAUAUUUUCGUUGCUGUUCCUGAUCUUCUUGAUCAGAAUGAUUAUGACCUAUACCAAUCUGCACUUCUGUUUCGAGUUUUGAGACAACAUGGCUAUAAAAUGCCUUGUGAUGUGUUUUACCAAUUCAAGGACAUCAAUGGCGAGUUCAAGAAAAACAUCACCAAUGAUGUGAAAGGGCUCCUCAGCUUGUAUGAAGCUGCGUUUUUGAGUGUGCACGGCGAAGAUAUUCUUGAUGAAGCCCUUGUAUUUACAAGGCAGCACUUGGAGAUAUUAGCUGAAAAAUGUAGCCCCAAUCUUGCAAAACAUAUAAAGAAUGCUCUGUAUCGGCCAUACCACCAAGGAAUAGAAAGAAUAGAGCAUAGGCUUUAUAUUUCCUUUUACGAAGGCGAAGAGUCUAGAAACGAAACUCUCCUCAAGUUUGCUAAGCUCGAUUAUAAUCGAUUGCAAAUACUCUACAACAAAGAGCUUGCUCUGCUCACAAGUUGGUGGGAGGAUGUAAAUCUUCCUAAACAGCUUACUUAUGCAAGAGACAGACUUGUGGAGAAUUAUCUUUGGGCAAUUGCAGCACAUUUCGAGCCUCAAUAUUCUUCCACUCGAGUGAUGCUCUCUAUGUAUACAGCUGUGGUAUCAAUGAUGGACGAUACAUAUGAUGCAUAUGGUACCCUCGAAGAACUCGAACAGUUUACAACUGCAUUUCAGAGGUUUGAUAUAAAUGCUACUAAUGAGCUACCAGAGUACAUGAAAGUUCUUUACAAGGCAUUUUUGGAUCUUUAUGCUGAAACAGAAAAAAAUAGCAAUGAAGGAAUGUCUUACAGAUUAACUUAUCUAAAGGAGACCUUGAAAGAAUUGUCGAGAGCCUACAUGAAAGAAGCAAAAUGGUUUUACGGGGGUAUUGUGCCAACAUUGAAUGAGUACGUACGCAAUGGAAUCAUCACUAGUGUUUACAAUCCCAUAACAGCAAUAUCCUUACUUGGAAUGGGAAAUGCAGUGGGAUUACAAGAAUAUGAAUGGGCUCAAAAACAGCCUAAAAUUCUUGAAGCUGCCAUGUUAAUCUGUCGUCUAAUGGAUGAUAUACAAUCACAUGAGUUUGAGCAAAAAAGGGGAGAUUGUCCUUCAAGCGUGGAGUGUUACAUGAAAGAAAAUGAUGCUUCCGAAAAGGAAGCAGUAGCAGCGAUCCAGAAAAAGUGUGUGAACGCAUGGAAAGACAUCAACGAGCAGCGCAUGAGACCAACCGAUGUCUCAGGAGUUCUUUACAAAUUAUUUCUCAACCUUUCCCGUGUGAUGGACGUUCUUUACAAAUACCAUGAUGGAUACACAUUUCCAGCAUAUGUGAAAGAUGAUGUCAAGUCAUUGUUCCUCGAAGAAUUUUCCAUGUAAUGAAAGCUAGAGUCUCAGUAUCAAGAACAUGUUGUUUGUUUAUUUAGUUAUGUUUGUAUUGAUAAUUGUUGGUCUUUUGUGGACUGAACAAUACUAAUAAUCCGAAUGAUUUUCUAAA